UGAAUGACGCACAGCUUCGGAGUACGCGGAUUACCGUCCAGGAUUACACAUAUCUGCAGUUGUAAAGCAAAACGGAUGUCAGUGUGGCGAAUAGAGAUGGGAGAGGGUUUGGAACCACUCUCCCCUGUAGGAUGGUAGCCGACAGCUCUGUGGAAGGCCAUGACAAGACGCAGUUGUCUUCCUCCUCCUCAUCGUCAUCACCACCAUCAUCACUGCUGCCCAGGCAGGAUCCCACCCAAAGUCCACGGCGCACAGAGUCCCAGCUGCUUCAGGCUCGGAGCGGCACAAGCCACAACCCAAACUCUGUGUUGACCCCCUCAGUGUUCCUCACUCACUUUCCUCCCUUCCGCUGCCAGAAGGACUUCACGCUCAUCACGGAUACAGCUGCCAAGCUCGAGCGCAGCGGCUUCUACUGGGGCCCUCUAGGGGUGGAGGACGCUCACCGCAUGCUGCGGGAUGCUGCGCUGGGCAGUUAUCUGAUCCGCGACAGCCGGCAGAAAGACGUCUUCUUCACGCUGUCCUACCGGGCAGAGAGUGGACCGGUUAGUGUCCGCAUUGAGUACAAAAGGCAAAAGUUCUCACUGGUGGGCAGCGAGCGCACCUUCUUGACACUCUUUGCCCUGCUGGAGCAUUACAGCAACUCUCCAAAGAAAAGCCUGAGCAUCCCGUACAGGAAAUGGAAGCCAACGCUGCAGGAACUGUGCAGGAAGCGCAUCGUGGAGCUGUGCAGAGGAAGGAACUGGAUUUCAGAGCUGCCACUGAACCGCGUUGUUCAAGAUUUCAUGUUGGAGUUUCCGUACCGGUUAUGAGUUUGCCUUAUUUAUUUUUGUCAGUGUUGUUAUUGUUCAUGCCGGGGAGGUGGGACUUACUGGGUAAUGGUCACUUUGAUUGGGUGGCACAGCCUGUUCAUCACAGCUUGACAGCAAAGACUGCAUGGCCAUGGUUUCAUCUAGCAUGGCCUUGUUUUGAGCUGAAAAGUGGCAAAAUCUUGAAUCUAUUCCAGAUUUUCAUGAGGGACAUAUCAAAGUAUAAUACCUCAACUGACUUAAACUCUUCUUGCACAAGCACAGGAAGACCUUUAGUCGCCCACAAGCCUGAAAGUGCUGCAUUAACACAAAACUCCAGGGACUCUGGCUCUCUAACAGAGACACAUCAAGUGCUGG